AUGCAGCAGAAAGAAAAUUUCAAGUUCCUCUACAAACGCAAUAGCGAAAAGGAACAGCAAAACAGACUUGGUGCCAGCGCAACUCGAUGUGUAGAGGCAGAGGGACGCCCUGCCUGUUUUCUUGCCUCAACGGGUCUUGGGGCCCGAUGGGAGCCCCCAGAACUUUCUGAAGGGCUCAGUGGCACCCGGAACUUUCUGAAGGGCUCAGUGGCACAAGAAGAAGGAUCUCUUCCAUCGCCGCCACCAGUAGCAGAAGCAACAACCCAAGAUGACACUGCACGAUGCGAAACCUUCUUCUUCACCGAAGCUGAAGUCGUGCUGCAACAGCUGCAUACCCUUUCCAACUUUACGCAUAAGGCAGCAGCACUUGUUGCUGAAGAUUCCACGUCAGAGGGAACAACACCUCGAACACCGUCAUCACCAGUAACUCAGCGUGCCACAGCCACAGCAGCACCAGCACCAGCAGCACCAGCAAGAGCCACUACCCUGCAUGCAAAUGGCUUUACGGCUUGCACAGCGGACGCACAAGCAACACAAGCAACAGCCGUGGCAGGGACAGGAGCAGCACAGGUGGAGCAUUUAACGGUGUUCAGUGUGAACUUGUGGCUGCAGCGCUUUCCCAGCACCGCUGCAGCGGUUGUCCAUACACUUGAGCGGUAUCAGGAGCAGCCUCAGCUUCUAGACCCUUAUCUCCCUCAGCGGUUGGACCUCCUUGUCCAGCCCAUCAGGUGCCACUUGUCGCUACUUGCGCAGCAGCAGCACCAACAACAGAGCAAGCAUGUGGGUCGUGGAUGGCAAGCAGCAGUGUCUUGCUGUUGUGUCCGCAUGCUGCUGCACCUGGUGUACGUACACUGCAAGGUGAGGGGAACUAAAGAAAUUCGAUCAUUGUUGCCGCAAGAGCCCGAGCUGCUGGAGCAGGUAUUGUCGGCUGCGAGCAUGCCCUGCAGCAGCGUGGAAGUGACGACGCAUCAUCUGCAGGGAUGGCACAAGAUGCAGGAUGAACAGCAGAAGCAAGAGCAGAAGCAGCAGCAGCUGCAGUUUGUCUGA